AUAUCAUGAGGUCCCGGAGCUUUGCCUUAGCACGUGUGCUGCUCUGUUUUUUUUUUAAGUGUGGCAUAUAGCUGCCGAGGCGGAUGAGUAUGAUGGCGGAGCUGGUUCAGGGACAGGCCUCGGUGGCUCAGCCCGGAACGAAAGAUGACUUCACAGACACGAUACGCCGGGUCCGACAGAUGGCAGCCAAGAUGGGAGGAGACCAGAUGCCCAACAUGAACAGUUCCCCUCCAGUCAUAGACGCCUCUCUCUAUGGCUUUGGAGGCCAAAAACGUUCACUCGACAGUGGAGUAGGGAACCACCUUGGUGCCAUGGUACAUCAAAGGGCUCUCACAACAGAAGACUUCAAAGUGCCUGACAAGAUGGUGGGAUUCAUCAUUGGAAAAGGAGGAGAGCAGAUCUCGAGAAUUCAACUGGAAUCGGGCUGUAAGAUCCAAAUUGCUUCAGAGAGUGGAGGCAUGUUGGACAGACCCUGCACGCUGACUGGGACCCCAGAGAACAUUGAGCAGGCCAAGAGGCUGCUGAGUGAGAUUGUGGAGCAGUGUCGGUAUGGUCCAGGCUUCCACAGUGACAUGGACGGCAACAGUUCCAUCCAACAGAUCCUUAUCCCCGCCAAUAAAGUUGGCUUGGUCAUCGGCAAAGGAGGAGAAACCAUCAAACUACUGCAGGAGAGAACAGGAGUGCAGAUGCUAAUGAUUCAAGAUGACCCCAUGCCCACUGGAGCGGACAAGCCCCUGAGAAUCACUGGGGAUCCCCACAAAGUGCAGCAAGCCCGUGAACUUGUGGUGAAGCUGAUCAAGGACCAAGGAGACUUCAGGGCUGGCAGGGCAGACUUUGGAUCUAAAAUGGGAAGCAGUCUGGAUGUGGCUGUGCCCAGAUUUGCUGUUGGCAUCAUCAUCGGUAGGAACGGAGAGAUGAUCAAGAAGAUUCAGAAUGAUGCCGGGGUCAGGAUCCAGUUCAGGCAAGAUGAUGGAGUCAGUCUUGACAGAGUUGCUCAGGUGAUGGGCCAGCCCGACCACUGCCACCAUGCAGUCCACCUCAUCAAUGAACUGGUUCAGACAGCUCAGGAGCGAGAUGGAUUUGGGGGUGUAAUGGGACGUCGAGGGCGAGGUGACUGUAACAUGGGAGGGCCUGGAGGACUGCAGGAGGUGACGUAUGCAGUACCUGCAGACAAGUGUGGCCUAGUCAUUGGCAAAGGUGGAGAAACCAUCAAGAGCAUCAAAGAGCAGUCUCGUGCCCAUGUGGAGCUACAGAGAAACCCACCGCCCAACACCGACCCCAAUGUGCGCAUCUUCUCCAUCCGAGGCACCCCUCAGCAGUUGGAAAAGGCCCGCCAGCUGAUCGAUGAGAGAAUUGGGGGCCCAGCAAUGGCAGGCGACAGCAGCUUCGGUGUGAAUCCCUACAACCAAGGACCAGCCACUCCUCCUCAGCCCGGGGCUCAGACGUUCAUGACUGGAGGAUGGGGUACAACCUUUCAGAUAUGGCAGCCUCAAGGCCAGCAGGGCCACAGUCACAAUGGAUCCCAGACGGGCCAGAUGGACUGGGAGCAGUAUUAUAAAAAACUAGGUCAGCAAAACCAAGCUCAAAGUACUGCCCCUGAAUACAACAAAGCUUGGGGCCAAACAGCCGGCCCUGGAUCUCAGCAGACCUCUAAUCCUGAUUACAGCGCCUGGGUUGACUUCUACAGACAGCCAAUGGCCUACUUCAACCAGGGUGCACAGCAGACACAAGCUCCCGGCCUUCAGGAUCAUUAGAGAAGACGCCCAGCUUAGACUUGAAUCAGUGUGAGGAUGAAACAACCCUUUUUUAACAGACAGGGUUCUAGAUUUGCAAUGCCUUGAAAACUUUUUUUCUUAGAAACACUAGCUGUAGAAUGACUUGUGUGAUAAAGUAAUAUUUCUAAAAUCAGGAACAUUUAUUUGUUACUAAAUGCUUAUGUACACUGUUAUUUUGGAUAGACAGUAUCUGGGAUCCCUUUUUGGACUUGAGAGAGCUGCUUUGCUUUUCUAUACUUUCCUGUCUUUGACUCCGAUUGUGCCGCCAAAAUGAACCCAAGGUGUUGUAACAUUUCAAAAGGCAAUAUCUUUUUUUUUUUUUUUCUAGUUGUUGAAAUGAAACAUGAUUACGUGCUUAGCAGUCUUGAAUAGCAUUCUAUGUUCUAAGAUGUUUAAAGUGUGUUAAAAUGUUAUCCUUUUACAUAAUUCAGUGAAAUGAAACUGUGAUGUUUUGUUACAGGAAAUGUAUUUUUGUUACAAGGUAUAUGGAAAAAAAAAAAGGAUUGUCAGCCAGUGGCAAUAGUUCUAAUUUAAUUCCUGUUGUGCUUUGUAUGCUCUUUUUCAUUGUCAUUUUAUUGUACUCUGGUUUAAAAGAAGGUGCAAUAUCUUAUUUCAUUUUUGAAACAAAGAUGGGUUCUCUAAUAUUUUGACAGACUUUUAACUUGUAGUUUUAAGAUGUUCUCUUUUUUUUUUUUUUUCCAAAUGAAAAUGUCACGGAUAAUUUAUUACAUUGAUCUAAUGAAAGAAUUUAGGGGGAUGUUGCAAAUAGCUUUUUUGCCUUUACUACCUUGUAAAACUGUGUAUAUAUGGUCUCGUAUUUGACUGUUAAUUUAAAAGUAUAUAUUUCAUAAUUUGUUUUUUUUUUUUUUCCUGUGAUCAUUGUUGCAGGAGAAUUGUCCCUCUUCUUCUGUUCGGUUUUCAUACUGAAAAUGUUCAGAGAUUUGUGAAUGUGUGAUUUGAAAUUCGAUGUUGCAUCUCGUUAUGAAGAAAAAUAGGUGGUCUGUUUGUGUAUGUUCUGUAUCUGGACUAUUCAAGACUGCUAAGCCUCUACUUCUACCUGUGUAGUAAUUAAUGUAGUAUUUUUUUUAUGUUUUAAGUAUUAUGAUCAAAAGCUUAUUUGGUACCUCCCCAGUUCACCAGCGCCCCACCAGGUCCUGGCUGUGGGCUCAGUCCAAUGCUAACUUUUUAAUUUUUUUUAUUUCUCUGUGAUCCAAUAUAAUCGAUAUAAAUGAUGCAUUAUUACUGAGAAUUAUUCUGGUAUUAAUAUCACUUCUUAAUGAAAAGGGAUCAUUUCAAGAUGUCUAAUUAUGGUGUGUUUAUUGUUUUUUCCCUAAUGUGUACAGUUAACCAUGUAUUAAAAACACCCAGACUACC